CUCUCUCUCUCUCUCUUCAAAGACAGUGUCUUCUCUGAUUAUCUCAGUAAUUUUAAUUUGCAAUCUUUAAUCUGCAAUUAGUUUCAUUCUCAUCUCCAAAAACGGGAACUGAAAAACUUCAUUACCAAGUCCCCGUAAACGCACGCUCUCUCCAUCCAUUUUCAAAAAUUUUAAAUGACGGUCAGGUGACUCUUAUACUUCCCUCCUCUAAAUCCACCGUCUCCGCCAAUGAUGGACCCCAAUCCACCACCACCGUCACCGCCGCGGCAACAGCCUUCCUUCGCCGACUCCGAAACCCUAGAAAUGGCCUCCAUUAAUGAUGCUCUAAACGACACCUCCACUAGCCAAAACGAGAGUAGCAGAGGAAGCAUAGCGGAGCGAAGAGCCGCCAAAUGCGGUUUUAAAGCAGAUAGAAUUAAUACGGCGCGAUUCCGUACAAUCACUCCCUUGACUUCGCCGGCCGCGGCUGUCCGCUCGCCGUGUAUAACUAUUCCGCCUGGUAUUAGCCCCACCGCGCUUCUCGAUUCACCGAUUAUGCUGCCAAAUUGUCAGCCUUCUCCAACUACAGGAAGUUUCCCGUUUCCGCUUAUGAAUUGUGGAAGUUCAGCGACUCCUGCUGACGUGGAGAAUAGUAGUAAUGGCGGUUCCUACACAUUGAAGCCUCAAAAUGGCUUUGCUGCCUUAGAAGCUGAGAGAAGUAAUGCUGGUGACUUUCAAGAAGUUGGCUCGUUAAUGGAAUUUGAAUUCCCAGUGGAGUUCUUAAAGCAAGCUAUCACAGAGAGUUAUGCUGAAAAUUCGGCAACUGACAUCAAAGUCUUAAAUAGCAUGGUUACAGAUGCCAACUUGAGUGAUGUGCAAAUGGACUCCAUCCCGGAAGAAAAUGUUGGGACAUGCCAUCCUGAGGAAGAAGAGAAAGGGAGACUCUCUGCAACAGGGAUUGCAAGGAAUUCAGAAGAUGGAUACAAUUGGAGAAAGUAUGGACAGAAGCAAGUCAAAGGGAGUGAAUUCCCAAGGAGCUACUAUAAGUGUACCCACCCAAAUUGUCAGGUAAAGAAAAAAAUAGAGCGUUCUCAUGAUGGUCAGAUAACAGAAAUCAUCUAUAAAGGUACCCAUAAUCACCCUAAACCUCAGCCUAGUCGCCGAGCACAUGUUGGAUCGACUUCUUCAUUUGAUGAGGUGCCAGAGAUUGAUGAAGGGAAUGCAACCUGUUUCAAAGUAGAAAUUGGGUCUGCUUGGAAAAAUCCGCAACCAGGGUCCAAUGGGGGUCUGGAAAGGACGUCUUCAGCAUCUGUUGUGACAGAGCUUUCUGAUCCUCUAUCAACCACUCAAGGAAAAUCUAUUGGUACAUUUGAAUCAGCAGGAACACCAGAGCUUUCUUCCACACUUGUUAGUAAUGAUGACGAUGACGACGGGGCCACUCAGGGAAGCAUAUCACUUGGAGUGGAUGCUGAUAUUGAGGAAUCCGAGUCAAAAAGAAGGAAAAUAGAAAGCUGCUUGGUUGAAACAAGUCUGUCAUCCAGAGCUGUUCGCGAACCAAGAGUUGUUGUCCAAAUAGAGAGUGAAAUUGACAUACUUGAUGAUGGAUACCGCUGGAGGAAGUAUGGUCAAAAAGUUGUGAAGGGUAAUCCAAACCCUAGGAGUUAUUACAAAUGCACGAGUGCUGGAUGUUCAGUGAGAAAACAUGUGGAAAGAGCCUCCCACAACUUGAAAUUUGUCAUUACAACAUAUGAGGGAAAACACAAUCAUGAAGUGCCUGCAGCCAAAAACAGCAAUAAUCUGAGCUCAGGUGGUACCAGUUUACCUCAGGUUACUACCAAUGCACAGCCUGCCCUGACAUUAGCCAGAAACACCAACAGGACAAAACCUGAAACACAAAUGCAAGAUUAUGCACCUGGCUUUGAUAGAAAACCAGUAUUUAACAAUGACUAUUCGAGACUUAGUUUUCCUGGACAUUUCAGUAAUGAGAUGAAGCUCGGGGCUUCCUCCAUCUAUCCAUUGAAGUUCCCACCCCUUCAACAUACCAUGCCUUACAGCUCUCUGGAAUUCAAUCGCGGUGCUACCCAUCACUCUAGCUCUAUGGCUCCAGUUGUUCCAGAUUUUCAAAUUUCGCUGCCAUCAAGUCUGCAUACAUCUGCAAAUCUUUCUAUGCCUGGUGCUGACUUUAAUUAUAAUGGGAGACCUAUUAGUCAAGGUCAGCCUUUUCUGUCAGGCCAGCCUUUCCUGUCAGGCCAGCAGUUGGUCUUGCCCAAGCAAGAACAAAGAGAUGAUGAUCACUUUGAUGCUGGCCAGGCCACCUUUGAGCAUGUAAAUGGGUCUCUGUCAUCAUCAGUAUAUCAACGCAUCAUGGGAAACUUUCCAUCAUAAAAGAAGGAACUUUGCUUUUGAAAUACUGUCAGGUUAAAAACAAAUGGAAAAGGAAAAAGAAAAAGAAAAGAGAAAAAAACAUAAGGUCUUCGUCUUUGUAAUGUUGUUCUUGUCAUAAUUUUCUUUAUCAUAUCUAUAGUAGUGCAUUUUCAUCUUAUAGCAAAUGUAUACAGAUAUAUUAAAAUCCAUACAUAGUUUUCAAUUUUA